AUGACAGAAAAAGUCUCGGCAGACUUGGACAAGAAGUUUGACACUUCGUCCAAUGAAUCUUCCCAAGAUGUCGCUAUUCUCCAAGCCUCUGGCGAAAGAGAGGGUGAACACGGCAAUAUUUUGUCGCAGUACACCGAGGAGCAGGUGGUGCUGAUGGGUCGUAAUUACGCAUUGAAGCACGACUUGGACCCUGAGCUUUUUGGCCGCGCGGCUGCGUUGGCUCGUAGUCCCAGCGAUUUCAACUCCAUGGCUUUUUUGAGCGAGGAUGAGAAAAUCGCCUUGAAUAACGAAAUCACCCACAAGUGGCAUAUUCCGCGCAAAUUGGUGGAGGUGAUUGCCUUGGGCUCGAUGGCAGCUGCCGUCCAGGGUAUGGACGAGUCCGUUGUUAACGGUGCCACUCUUUUUUAUCCUAUUGCCAUGGGAAUCACUGAAAUGAAAAACGCAGACCUUAUUGAGGGUCUCGUCAAUGGUGCGCCAUACUUGUGCUGUGCCUUUGUUUGUUGGACCUCCGAUUACUGGAACAAGAGAUUGGGCCGUAAAUGGGUCAUUUUCUGGACCUGUUUUAUUUCGGCCAUCACUUGUAUUUGGCAAGGUUUGGUCAACUUGAAAUGGUACCAUUUGUUCAUUGCUCGUUUCUGUUUGGGUUUCGGUAUUGGUGUUAAAUCUGCCACGGUGCCAGCUUAUGCCGCCGAGACCACUCCCGCUAAGAUUAGAGGUUCUCUUGUCAUGCUUUGGCAGUUUUUCACUGCUGUCGGUAUUAUGUUUGGUUACGUCGCUUCGCUUGCUUUCUACUACAUUGGCGAGAACGGCAUCAGUGGUGGUUUGAACUGGAGAUUGAUGCUUGGUUCUGCCUGUAUUCCUGCCAUCAUUGUUUUAGUUCAAGUACCUUUUGUUCCUGAAUCUCCUCGUUGGCUCAUGGGUAAAGAGAGACAUAAGGAGGCUUACGAGUCACUUCGCCAAUUGAGAUUCAGUGAGAUCGAGGCUGCUCGUGACUGUUUCUACCAAUACGUUUUGUUGAAGGAGGAGCACGCUUAUGGCGAAGCUUCCUUCUUCCUGCGUGUCCGUGAAAUGUUCACUGUGAGAAGAAAUAGAAACGGUGCCUUGGGUGCCUGGGUUGUCAUGUUCAUGCAACAAUUCUGUGGUAUCAACGUCAUUGCCUACUAUUCUUCUUCCAUUUUCGUUGAGUCGAAUCUCUCGGAGAUCAAAGCCAUGUUGGCUUCUUGGGGUUUUGGUAUGAUCAAUUUCCUUUUUGCCAUCCCUGCCUUCUACACUAUAGACACUUUCGGUCGUAGAAACUUACUUCUUACAACUUUCCCGCUCAUGGCCAUCUUCUUGCUUAUGGCUGGUUUUGGAUUCUGGAUUCCUUUCGACACAAACCCUCACGGACGUUUGGCUUGUAUUACCGUUGGUAUUUACCUCUUUGCCUGUGUCUACUCUUCAGGAGAGGGACCUGUUCCCUUCACAUAUUCGGCCGAGGCAUUCCCAUUGUACAUUAGAGAUAUUGGUAUGGGAUUCGCUACCUCGACCUGUUGGUUUUUCAACUUCAUCUUGGCCUUCUCUUGGCCACGUAUGAAGAAUGCCUUCAAGCCUCAAGGUGCUUUCGGUUGGUAUGCUGCAUGGAACAUCAUUGGUUUCUUCAUGGUGUUGUUCUUGUUGCCUGAGACCAAGGGAUUGACCUUGGAGGAGUUGGACGAUGUCUUUGGAGUGUCAUUGAGAAAGCACGCCAUCUGGAGAGGUAAGGAGUUGAUCUACAAUAUCAGAAAGUACAUCUUGCGCCAAAAUCCAAAGCCUUUGCCUAUCUUGUAUAGUCACCAGAGAAUGGCAGUUACCAACCCAGAGUGGAACGACAAGGCCGAGGCCACCCAUGAGGAGAAUGUCUCUGAGGGAGUCAUCCAGACUAAAUAA